AUGACGGGAGCGAGAUCGUCUGUUAUCGUGUCGACGCAGGCUGGCAAAAGAGGGGCAGUGGUCGCUCAUAUGAUAGUCUGUCUGGUACACAAGAACAUUGGCCUACCCCCCGGUAAAUUUACCAGAAAAGGAGCAAUUCUUAAUUACCUCAGAAGAGCCAAGAGAAAGGCAAGAAAAAGAAGACUUAAGCGAAAGUUGGAAAGGGGAAACAAAUCAACCACAGCUGAGGUUAGGGAAGAACCCACCUAUGAACCAGGUGUUGAGUUUAACGAUCUAGAAGUAGAUGAUGUGGAAGCCAUCCCACCUCCACAUUACCCCCCUUUAGAAUCUCCACCAGUGGGUUCUGUAAGUUAUGUGUACUUUGAUCUAGAAGCAACUGGAUUUGAGCGGGAUUCCCACAUUACUCAAUUUACUCAAAUUGCGGCUUUAGAUGAAGACAGUGAUGAAUAUUUCUGUACAUAUGUGAUUCCCCAAAAGCCCAUCAGUACACAAGCAUCCAAAGUAACGGGACUUGCAUUGAACGGUACAACUUUGCAUCACAAUGGAAAAGCAGUUAAAGCAGUACCUAUUCAAGAAGCUCUACAAGAUCUCAUUUCCUUCCUUGGCAAUCUUCCAUCUAAGAAACCAAAGAUUCUUGUUGGACAUACCAUAAAAUCAUAUGAUUGCCCCAUUCUUAUGAAUGCUUUGAGGAACUGCAAUACUGAAGACAGAUUUGAAGAAGGAGUUAUUGGAUUUCUGGAUACUAUGAAACUUUUUAAACUUUCUUUUCCGUCUCAGAAAUCCUACUCUCAACAACAUUUAAGCCAAGUUUUACUUGCUGAGGGCUUUACUUAUGAAGCGCACAAUGCCUUGGAAAGCGUCAUCCGAUUCAAGGGAAUGAAAAAUGGAAGAAGGUUAGAUAGAACGAUGUUUAGAAGUGGGGAUGGCUUCCCAAAGGAGCUGGAAAAUGCACCCUCCAAUGCCAUUUUUAUAGAUGGUUUAAAAGGCGUUGGAAUUAAACGCAAACCGACCGAAAAGAGGUCAAAACAAAGUACUAAAAGACUCUCCAUGCCUACAGUUGGGGUAAUUGAGGGUCCAAAUGAGACGGAGGUUAGCCAGGAGACCCAGUUUGUUGAGGAGAAAUACGAUGGGCAGUAUGAAAUUGACAUUAAUAAACUCCUCUUGGCACCUUCUGAAUAUAGUUCAAGAGAAGUGGAUCAGGGUUGGGUGGAUGAGAUUAAACAUGCCAUCCUCACUGCGCCUGGUGGGCCUGUCACUGUAUUUCCAGUCCUAUUUGAUCCUUCG